AUGUUCACACAACACAAGUUACCCUCAUCAACGUCAACUAAGCUGUGUACGAGGCACAAGCUAUACCACCCUCGACCGUUCUUUCUGAGUAUUGCCGUGUUCUCGCUUUUGGCUCUCGGAAGCUGGAUUGCUCAUGGUUAUGAGAAAAGUUCGUCGUCACUCGGUGACAAUGGCUUCCAGAAGCGGGUGGUCUAUCCAGGACUUCGAGUCGAAGGUAUAAACAGUUCAAGGCUCCUUGAGCCGUUCGAGCAAGAGAUAGAGUGCCGUCUUGUUCGUCAUGCAGAUGAUCAGUGUUCAUUUGUUAAGAGUAACUGCCCGGAUGAGAAUGGGAUCUUCCCCUACCUUCAACUUUAUUACUGCUCGCUACGCCAUGUACAGCCAAUUUCAUUUAUCAUAAUUAUAGCCUGGCUGUCUCUUCUUUUCAGUACCAUCGGUAUCGCUGCUAGUGAUUUCCUCUGUAUCAAUCUCAGCACGAUUGCCAGCAUCCUCGGGAUGAGUGAAAGCUUAACAGGAGUCACCUUUUUGGCUUUUGGCAAUGGCAGCCCGGACGUCUUCUCAACAUUUGCCGCAAUGGGAUCAAAUAGUGAUAGCUUGGCCAUCGGAGAACUGCUUGGGGCUGCAUGUUUCAUCACUGCCGUCGUGGCGGGCUCAAUGGCUAUAGCCAGACCUUUCCGAGUCGCCCGUCGAAGCUUUGUACGCGACGUUGGAUUUUUCAUCUUGGCUGCCAUUUUAGCAGUGGUCGUACUAGCUGACGGUGAACUGCAUGCCUGGGAGUGUGCAUCAAUGAUCGGUCUUUAUAUUUUCUACGUCAUCCUGGUCGUGUCAUGGCAUUGGUAUCUAACCCGUCAGCGGCGAAGGUACGAUAGGGAAUUUGCGGCAAGAGCCCAAUUCCACAUACCUCAAAGCCAAGAGUUGGAUCUAGAAGAUGAGUCAUCCGAUGAGGACGCUAUUUCUAGAGAAUCGAGCGCACUGGUACAGAGCCAGAGAUCGCCCGAUUUCGAAGCACUUGAACGGCCAGAAUGGAGGGAAGAUGAUGAAGAAGACGAUGAGACACGUAAUAGAUAUCUUGCCGAGAUACGCGAGAACAUGCAUGUCACACGUCCACCUUCAUUCGCGCGGCGAACAACUGUCAGCUCAAUCCGGCCAAGUCUAGUCGGCGCUCUAGAGUUUCAGUCCGCCCUUUCAUCUUUGAAGAAAGCUAAGAACAUACAUCACAAUACGAUUGACCUCGGUCAUUAUGUGGAUUCAGAUUCUGCCAGCCCGUCUCCUCGAAUCCGGCCAAGGUCGAGUCACGGAAAACCAUCUCUUCAUCGACAAGAGGAGGCCCCGAACCGACGCCGAUCUGCUUCGGUCAAUGACACACCUGUUUUACGUGUGGAUACUUCUCUAGACAAUGUAAGACGCCAUGGUGAGACUCUGAUCCCGGUGAUAGGACAGCUUUCUCACAACGCUUCUUUACAACAUGGUAGUGGGCGUUUACAACAUCAACCACCAACGACUUCACCCACCCUUUCUGUUCCCCGAUCGCCCACAACAUUAACUGCUGAUCAUUUGACAGUGCCACAUGGCACCUUCAAUUCUCCGAACUAUCAAGCAUCACCUCGAUCACAUCAACUUCCAUCACCGGGUGGUGUGUCCCCAUUCGGCCACAUUCAUUCACCGUCGGCCAAUUUCGAGCAAUCAGACGAAAGUGACAAUGAGACUAUACGGUUCCCUGCUUUUGUGGACUCACCAGCUUCUAUGUCGCCUAGGCCACCCAGUCUGAUUCUUCCUGCCGCAUCUCUUUCACCGACUGCAGAGUAUCAAGGCGCGUUUGCUCGGGAAGAGGGAGUGUCGAAGUGGUGGUAUUAUCCAUCCCUAAUUCCUGGAACUUUGUUUUUCACCCUAUUUCCAACGUUGUGCAAUUGGAGCUCAAAAUCCUUCUGGGAAAAGAUUUUAGGCGUCGUUGCGGCACCCAGCGUGUUUUUUCUGACCGUUACAAUUCCGGUCAUAGAUCCCAAUCCAGCCGAUACCACAGACAAGGAGGCGGAUACUCGUCGCUCCCCUUCAUCUAAUUUACCUUCCAUCGCUGAUGGCGAUCCAUAUCAACCUACACCGAUCAUUCGACUACCUGAUGAGUCACCAAUUCUACAACCCCAGGAUCAUCAGUUGCUCCGCAAUGCCCUUCAUCACAGUAUACAACACAUCUCCCCAGUAAUGCAAGCUAGGGACUCAAAUACUCUCCCCAAUAGACCAAGGCUUGACUCGGAGAUGGCAGCCGGCCCGCCAGGGUUGAACGACGACCCCUCAUCUGCUACAGCGCGAACUUGGCAUCAUGCACUUACAACUAUUCAUGUAUUCACAUCUCCUCUUUUUGCCAUAAUAGCCAUUUGGAGCUUUCUGGAUGAUGGGCACAAUUUACAAAACUUGAUCGUACCCAUCCCAGUCAGUCUUGGUAUAUCACUCAUCUGCGCCAUACUACUCAAUAUAUUCCUCAAAAAACACGAUGAUCCUACACAAGCCCCCAAUCAACUCCGCCCCUUUCUAUCGUUCAUCGGUUUCACAGUCGGUAUAUGCUGGGUUGCAAUAAUCGCAGACGAAGUCGUCAGUCUUCUGAAAACUAUCGGCGUGAUUUUGAACAUCAGUGAAUCACUUUUGGGUCUCACUGUGUUUGCCGUGGGUAACUCAUUGAGUGAUUUAGUUGCGGACAUCACUGUAGCUCGAUUGGGAUACCCUGUCAUGGCACUGAGUGCUUGCUUUGGAGGACCCAUGCUCAACAUCUUGCUCGGAAUCGGUAUGGGAGGCUUGUAUAUGAUAUUGCACUCCAGUGCCGAAACCACAACAACAUCGACAAUCGAUGGACUAUCACUCCAUACUCCAUACAAAAUCACUAUCUCGCGAAAUCUCAUGAUCAGUAGUGUGACACUACUCACCACACUGGUAGGACUCUUGAUUAUAGUCCCGCUGAAUCAUUGGAGAAUGGAUCGGAAGAUCGGCUGUGGGCUCAUUGUGCUCUGGUCGCUGAGUACACUGGGCAAUGUCAUUGUUGAGAUUGUGGCAUAG